AUGGACGUUCAGACAACGCCUGCUUUGCACCCGCUAUUCCAUAUUCCUGUUGAACUGUUGACCGAAAUUGUCAUCUUCGCACAGCUCAUCUGGUACAAUGCAGCUAUAUCCUCUCAUCACGACACUCCCGGCGGUCUCGAGCGCAUGCAAGGCACCACCCUUCAAACCCCUGUGCGGCGCGCCUCACCGUGCUGCGAACUCGUCCCCCGCAAGAAGCUCCCACACUGCUGUCAAGACAAUCCCGUCCAAGUCGAACGGUCCCCAGCGCAUUGUCUUAUCCAGACCAACCAAUUUUUUCGCAAGCUUAUCACCGAGAGCCUCCCUUGGCUCUGGAACCACGACAACGCUCUUUUUAAGGAAAUCGCCAAGUACUCGGGUUCCACGCGCCUUCCCAGGAGCAGCAAUCCAGAGGACGGCUACGUGAAACUAUACGGGGCGAACAACUUGAUCGCAUCGCACGCUUGUACUUGUCUACUUCGGGCCAUUCACCCGUUUUAUGAGACGCUUCGAGUCGUCAAGGUCUCGAUGCCCUGGGACGCUCCCAGCAUUCCAGAUACUCGAGGGGACGUAUUCUUUUCCAAUGACCUCACCAUUGUACCGAGUCCUCUGCAACACUUCGACCUCGAGCUAUUUGACAGCCCUCGCGCGCCUGUGGGAAUUACUGUUCGUUCUAUAGAGCGUGAAAAUCUAUUGACAUUUUGUGGCAUCAACAUUGCCUUCUGCUUCUCUUCAAAAGAGCUGAACUCGUUCUACAUGUCUUUCCCUCUCUCUCGCCGAGCGCGCUUCGGGGCUAGUUUUACGAACGGUCUCCUCAUGUGCGCCGGGAAGCUCGAGUACUUAACACUCGAGGCCGGGUCGGGCGAGGCCCUGGGAGCGCACACCUUAUCUUUCCCGAAUUUACGCUUCUUACGCCUGGUCCUGCCGCUCGAGUCUUGCGCGCGUAUGCUCAGCCGCAUGAGGUUGCCAGCGCAAUUGGACAUGCAUCUCGAACCUGUUGUUCAAUGGCGAUCGCAGGCGGCUCGUCGGGUUAGACGGCUCAAACAAUCGGCUCAUAACUGCGAAGCCCCUCUCGCCGAAUUAGACAACUACGCAGACCGACUCACCGGAAAUAAUUUUCCAUGCGCAUUGUGGCGUUUUGCCUGCGCAUUGGCAGCGCCGGACCAGACACGCGGCAUUUUCCAAGACACGGCUACCUUCCACAUCCGACCCGAGAAUCUAUGGCACACGUUUCAAGCCGUGUCUUUCGAGAUCCGGCAGGAUCCCUCUAUGCAUGCAUUUGAACGCGAACCAUUGCGUUUUCCGGAGCUGGUCGGCGUCGUGCUCGCGCAUAACGUGGAGGACAUUCGUCUGUUGCAGGCGGAGCCUGGCUGGGAUUGGCGGCAUUCCCUUGAGCCGGGCGAAAAGGAUAAUGCGCGUCGCUCGCUCAUUGUCAGGGACGGCCAAUAUUCGGCCACAUCACGCAACGCUUUGUAUCGCUCGAGAUAUGUUAAGCCUCUGUACGACGUCAUUGCCUACGUGACGACUGUCGUACUUAAAGGGAGACCCGGCACGCCAUUCGCAGGCAAGCAAGAUAUUGCCUCCCUGGUCAUUUCGGAAGCAUCCUUUGUGCCGAACUUCUCCUUGGGGUGGCGUCAUAUGCUAGCGGCCUGUGACGAAAUCGAGCAACUGGUCAUACGCCGGAUCUACUUCUCCACGCAACAGCAAGAGCAACCCGCUGUUCCGAAAGGACACAUAGUAUCGUCACAAUUGAACGCCCUGGCACUGUAUCUUAACGAUGUACCAGGGCCUGGGCAAGUCCCGUGUUCUCGCUUACGAAUCAUUCGCGUCGUGUGCCGUGCCACUUCGGGCAGGUAUACCGCCCUGGAGAGUCGAUGGGGCCAUCUAUUCAAUACGGGUCGCCGUAUCGAUGCGGGAGCUGAAAGAAUCCACUUAAUCAUUGCUUCCAUGUAA